GCCGCAGUCCGCAGCCCGCGCCCUCACACGCAGACCCACGACCGCUCCCGGGAUGCUGCGCCACGCCACCUCCACGGCUGCCGCCGUGGCGCUGAUGUUCUUCUGGAUCUUCGCAGUUUCCGACGGUACGGAGACGGGCAAGCUGGUGGAGCGGUUCGCGUGGCGGCAGCUCGACUUCGCCUACCCUGACGCGCAGUCGCGCCAGAACGCGCUGCGCACCGGCGACUUCAUCCCAGAGAACAACCUGCCCGUCGGCAUCGAGGUCUGGGGCGACAAACUCUUCGUCACGGUGCCGCGUUGGAGGCAGGGAAUUCCGGCGACGCUCAACUACAUCCCUCUGUCGACGGCGUCGCCCGACUCGCCGCAGCUGAUCCCGUAUCCCGACUGGGAGACCAACAGAGAGGGCAACUGCAACGGCCUCACCACCGUCUACCGAAUCAAGGCUGAUGCCUGUGACCGGCUGUGGGUGCUGGACGUGGGCACCGUGGGGUACGACAACACCACAGAGAACGUGUGCCCGUACUCGAUAAACGUGUACGAUCUGCACACCAACAGGCGCCUGAGGCGCUACCAGCUGCGCCCCGACGACACCAACAGCGACACCUUCAUCGCCAACAUCGCAGUCGACAUCGGCGCCAGCUGCGACGACACCUUCAUGUACGCGUCCGACGAGUUGGGCUACGGACUCGUCAUCUACAGCUGGGAGCAGAACACGUCGUGGCGGGUGACGCACCCUUUCUUCCUGCCGGACCCGCUGCGCGGCGACUUCAACAUCGCGGGCAUGAACUUCCAGUGGUGGUCGGAGGGCGUGUUCGGCAUGGCGCUGACGCCCCCGCAGGAGGACGGCUUCCGCGUGCUGCUCUUCCACCCGCUGGCCAGCCAUAGGGAAUUCGCCGUCUCGACGCGCGUGCUGCGCGACCGAUCGCUCGUCGACAGCAACUUCCACUACUUCCAGAACCUCGGCGAGCGGGGACCCAACGGUCACGUGACGGCGCAGUACAUGGGCGACGACGGGAUCCUCUUCUUCAACCUGAUCGACCAGAACGCCAUCGGCUGCUGGGACGGCCGCAAGCACUACAGGCCGCACAACAUGGCUAUCGUCGACAAGGAUGACGAAGCGCUCGUCUUCCCCAGCGACGUCAAGGUGGAUCGCGCUGGCAACCUGUGGGUGAUGUCGGACCGCAUGCCGGUGUUCCUGCUGGCGGAACUGGACUACUCCGACGUGAACUUCCGCAUAUUCUCCGGCCCGGUGAGCACGGCGAUCGCUGGCACCCCGUGCGACCCCUCCGUCGGCGAGUUCUCCGGCCCCCCGCUGGUCUCCAGGUUCCAGGAGGACGGCGCCGCCCGCUUCACGCAGGACCCGUACCAGCGACAGCUCUUCGGCACGUUCGACCAGCCGCUGCCCUCAUACGGCAAAUGGACGCUGCCGCUCUCUAGCUCCAGGUCACCGUACGUGGCGCCAUCGCCGCGUGUACAACACCCACGUUUUGGAGCGCCCACGGCGGUGGGUCACUUCACCCUCUAGGGAUGAUCUGAGAGCGAUCAGCAGGCGUACGUGAUAUGGGAGCUGGCGUAUGUCUGGAACAGUGCUCUUUUGUACCAGCGCGUUGGAGUGUUGAGUAAAUAACAACAACUGCGUCAUUGGCGUGUGUCAAGAUACCAACUUGUGCUAUAGUCGGAAAAUCCCGUCAUGUACAUGACAUUCAGUGAGGAUCUAUUAACCGCCUCAGUUAUUAUGUCAAACAGUGUAAGGUCAAAUUACGUAUGCGCCAAACUGAAGUUUCACGCUCACCAAAGAUCGAAAAACUUAACCUCUUCCGUCAUCUUUCAAUCAUAUCUCUUUACAAUAAUAAAAACUUUCAUGUUUUU